AUGAGUGAUGAAGAACGCCUCCAGCAGGAAGCUCGGCAGGUGCUGCAAACCAUAACUGCUGUGCUUUUCAGGGAAGAAGGUGAAUUCCAAGGCAUUCUGGAUAGAUUCAUGGAUGCCGCCGGACCGCAGGGCUCGGUCCCGGCAAAUGAUACUGUCAUCGAAGGUCUCAAAGGUUUAAGAUCGAUGAUCAGUCAUUGUCUCAGAGCCAAUUCAAAGUCUGUCCUGUGUGCAAAGACGACUUCCAAGUGGAUGAUGCGGUUGUCAGAAUACCUUGCCAGCAUACUUUCCAUGACGAUUGUCUCGUACCUUGGCUAA